GGAGCCAAGAUGGCGGACGCCGACCAGGGUCUGCUCCCAGCUGAAAUCCCAGCACAAUAUACAUGCGGGAUUUGCAGGUUGCGAAUCGGAGUUCGAGGGCAUUAGCAAAGGAGGAUUUGCAGUCGGGAACCUCGAACCAAGCAUUGCACCAAGACUUGAGAGAGGCAACACAUUUGUCAUCAACAAAACAUCAUCGAAUUUUGAACAUGGAAGAAAAAGGCCCCCUUCACACUAGGAAGGAACCAUAUACAUGUUGUAUGUGUGGACAAGGCUUCAGCCAAUCAGCUGGCCUCACAAACCACAAUUGUAGUCACACUGGGAAGAAACUGUUCAUCUGCUCAGACUGUGGGAUGGGAUUUGCUCAGUCAGCCCACCUCCUGCGACACCAGUGGGUUCACACUGAAGAGAGACCGUUAACGUGCUCUGAGUGUGGGAAGGGAUGCACGCACUCAUCCAGUCUGUUGAGACACCAGCGAGUUCACACCAAAGAGAGACCUUUUAAAUGUCCAGACUGUGAGAAAUGCUAUAAAAGUACCAGCAGUCUGAUGUCCCACCUCCGUGUUCACACUAACGAGAGACCUUUUAAAUGUCCAGACUGUGAAAAAUGCUAUAAAAGUUCAGGAGAGUUGAUGUCCCAUCAACGUGUUCACACUGAGGAGAGACCGUAUAAAUGCCCAAACUGUGGAAAAUGCUAUAAAAGUUCAGGAGAAUUGAUGUCCCAUUUGCGUGUCCACACUGAUGAGAGACCAUUUAAAUGCUCAGACUGUGGGAUGUGUUUUAAACGUUCCAGUAAUCUCACAUCCCACAGCCAUGUUCACACUGACAAGAGACCAUUCAGGUGCUCUCACUGUGGGUCUACGUUCAGGCAAUCAUCUCAACUCACUAAACACCAGCGAGUCCACACUGGGGAGAGACCCUUUACCUGCAGUGAGUGUGGGAAAGGAUUCACUCAGUCAUCCCACCUUCUCACGCACCAGCUAGUUCACACUGAUAAGAGACCUUUUAAAUGUUCGGACUGUGGAAAAUGCUUUAAAAGUUCCAGGGAACUAAUCCACCACUACCAUGUUCACACCGAGGAGAGAGCAUUUGCAUGUCCAGACUGUGGAAAGUGCUUUAAAAGUUCUGGGGAACUAAUGCGGCAUCAACGUGUUCACACUGAGGAGAGACCAUUCAGAUGCUCUCACUGUGGGGCUGGUUUUAAGCGAUCAUCUGACCUCAUUGUACACCAGCGAAUUCACACUGGGGAGAGACCAUUCUCCUGCAUGGAGUGUGGAAAGGGAUUCACUCACUCAUCCAACCUGCUGAGACACCAGCGUGUUCACAAGUGACUGUGAUGAAUUUUGCUAUUAACCAUAUAAUGGUAACAACCAUGUUCAUUGUGUCUGUCGAUGUUGAUAACAUCCAGUCUGGGUUUAUAUGUAUAGCCUGAGUAAUCGUCAAAUAAAUCAGCUCUGUGUCAGUUCGUUAAAUAUUCACAGUAGUUCAUUCUGAAGGGCUCUCCCUCUCCCCGUCACCUCCAUCCUCACCUCCAACAAGUGGGAGGAACUCAUGGAGCGUCUUUGUCAUGACGUUGAGACAAUCCAAUCUUCCGUUUCUGUUGAGUAGGUAUAUUUAUUUAGUGUCAUGUGUAUUUUGUUACAGAUACUGCUCCACUCUCUGGCAACAUCGUAGAGUCCUGGAGAUGUCCAGCAUAGAAACAGACUAGCGGUACAAUUUGUCCAUGCUGACUAGAUAUUUUACAUUAAUCUUGUUCCAUUUGCCAGCAUUUGGCACAAAUUCCAAUAAACCUUUUCUAUUCGUGUAUCCAUCCAGAUGUCUGUUAUAUGUUAAAAAUCACACAUCACCUGGUUAUCGACUGACAGAUUUAUUUGGAAAUGCAAGCUUCUGGAGUAUUGCUCCUUCAUCAGUUAGCUGGCAGAGUAGGAUCAUAGGACAGAGAAUUUAUAGUAAAAAAUCGUAAUGUCAUAAAACUGAUGCAUUCUAUUGAACAAACUCUAGAUUGCUCGUAAGUCCUUUAUCUUUCAGAAUGGGUU